AUGAGCCCAACUCCCAACAGUAUUGUAUCUUCUCUGCAGAGGAGUGGAAGGUUUAUCAAUUCUUUAAUCGCUGCUCUGACUAUUGUUGGGGAACAACUGUUCUCCUCUUUCACGUUCAGAUGUCCCUGUCAGGUUGGGAAAAAUUUCUAUUAUGGUUCUACAUUUCUGGUCAUUCCUGCCUUGAUCCUUUUGGUUGCUGGCUAUGCUCUGAGAAGCCAGAUGUGGACAAUCUCCAGUGAAUACUGCUGCAGCUGUGCCCCUCCACACCGGCGAAUCAGUCCCCUGGAGCACAAGCUGGCUUGCCUUAGGUUCUUCAGCAUCACUGGGAGAGCGCUCGUUGCUCCAUUAACAUGGCUGGCGGUGACCCUGCUGACAGGCACCUACUACGAAUGUGCAGCAAGUGAAUUCGCAUCUGUGGACCAUUACCCAGUGUUUGACAAUGUCAGUGCCCGCAAACAGAAAGAGAUCCUCGCUGGGUUUCCGUGUUGCAAAUCAGCUCCACCUGACAUGAUCUUGGUAAGAGAUGAGGUAGCUCUUCUGCACAGAUACCACUCACAAAUGCUGGGCUGGAUUUUGAUCACCUUGGCAACCAUCGCUGUUCUGAUCUCCUGCUGUUUGGCGAGGUGCUGCUCUCCCCUCACCUCUCUGCAGCAUUACUACUGGACCAACCAUCUCCAUAAUGAGAAGGAGCUCUUUGAACAAGCUGCAGAGCAGCACUCCCGCUUCCUCACCAUGCAGCGUCUAAAGAAACUAUUUGGCCUCGUUCCUGGAAAUGAAGAUAUCAAACACAUACGUAUUCCUUCGUGUCAGGACUGGAGAGAGAUUUCAGCACCCAGCCUUCUCUGCAUGGGUGAUGACUUGCAAGGUCACUAUAGCUUCCUUGGAGACAGGGUGGAUGAGGAUAAGGAGGAAAGCAGAUCAAGAGGUAUUGAAUUAAAACCUUGA